UCCAAUUCUCUCUCCAUAUUUUAACACCUUCCUUUUCAUUUUACAAAUAGAACAUAUGCCUGAUUCUGAGCUUGAUUCUGGAAAGGGGGAAUACAGAACAAUUUUGAGCAUUGAUGGAGGUGGCAUUAGAGGCAUUAUUCCCGGAGUUAUUCUAAAAUUUCUCGAGUCUGUACUUCAGAAACUGGAUGGAGAAGAUGCAAGAAUAGCAGAUUACUUUGAUGUAAUUGCUGGUACAAGUACAGGUGGUUUGGUUGCCACGAUGCUUACAGCUCCUAACAAGAACAAUCAUAAACGACCUUUGUAUGCAGCCAAAGAUAUUGUCCCCUUCUAUAAAGAUCAUGCACCAAAAAUCUUCCCUCAGUCAAAGUUGCCAUUUAAUCCUUUGAAAUCAGUAACGGAUGUUUUUUGGAAAUUUUGGGGCCCAAGGUAUAAGGGAGACUACUUGAAGGAUUUGUUAAAGAAAGAGCUUGGAGAUAACACACUCAAGGAAACUAUUACACCAGUUAUAAUUCCUACAUACGACAUUAACCGUCUUUUCCCUUUGAUUUUUACAACUGCCGAGGCUAAAAUAGACGAGUCAAAAAAUGCAAAAUUGCUUGACGUUUGCUUGAGUACCUCCGCAGCACCAACUUACUUACCUUGUCAUGAAUUUGAAACUAAUGGAAAUAGUCGUAAAUUUAAUAUGAUUGAUGGUGGAGUUGCUGCGAAUAAUCCAACAUUAACUGCAAUACUGAAUGAGAGAAAAGAGAUGAUCCUCCGGAGACAAUUAGAAACUGAGAAGAAUAAGGAAGCAGCAUUAAAGAUAACACCAAAAAGGAUGUUGAUCCUUUCUUUAGGGACUGGUUCAUUUAAGAAAGUUGGGAAGUAUAAUGCAGCUAAUUCUUCCACAUGGGGACUUUUUGGCUGGGUCCAAAAAAAUAAAACUUCACCUAUCAUUGAUAUUUUCAGGGAUGCAAGUGCUGAUAUGGUGGAUAUUCAUGUUGGUACUAUCUUCCAAUAUGAUCAUGAUCUUCAUAAAAAUGAUCCUGAUAAAAGGAAUCAUACUCGUAAAAAGGAUUAUCUUCGUAUUCAGGCUCAGAAUUUGACUGGUGACUUAUGUUCUGUGGAUAUUUCAACGGAAAAGAAUUUAAGAGACUUGGAAACUGUGGGAGAGAAGUUGCUGGAUGAAAGAGUGUCGAGGGUAAAUUUGAAAACUGGAGAGUUUGAGGAACUUCGUCAUAAGAAAGAAACCGAUGGAGAAGCCCUUUUAGAGGAGUUUGAGGGACUUCCUGUUAAGAAAGGAACCAAUAGACAUGCCCUUAUUGAGUUUGCUAAACUUUUGUCUGAGGAGAGGAAGCUACGACAAUCCAGUUGAACAAUGGAGAACCCAAUUCCAUUUCAAAUAUGCUUUUUUCUAUUUUGCAUCAUUUUCUGUUUUAUUUAAUUUCAUGUACUUAUGUAUGUGUGUGUUUAAUCCUUUAAUUUCCAUGUUUUAGUACAAUAAAUUAUUGUAAAAGUAGUCUUUUAAGACUAUAUUUUAUGAUCAUCUAUCCUCUUUUAAUUUCCAUGUAUCCUCUUUUUAUACCUACAAUGAUCUAUAGAUUGCCCAUCACUAUCAAUGAGACCAAUUGGAUGCAUAAAUA